GAGCGUGACAGAAUUGCACCAAAACUUCAUCUCCAUGAAUCUGUUGAAGAACUGAAAAAAUUUAAUGCUCGUCGUAAAUUGAAGGGCGCGGUAUUGGCCGCAGUGGCUAGCCAUAAGUUUACUAAUUUCUACAGUGAUCCUAAUACAUCACAUAUUCAUGAUUUCAUGGAAGAUGACCCAACGUCUUCAGGUGCUGUCUCUCAAGUACUAGACAGUCUAGAAGAAAUUCAGUGUCUUUCAGAUGGCAAUGAAAAAGAUGUAGAUUUCCUUCAUAGUAUAUUUGAAGAUACUCGACUUCAUGCAUUGUUAGACUUAUAUGAUAAGAUUAAUACAAAGUCGACUAAUACACCUUAUGCCAGUAAGAACCAACCCAGCGAUGCUGUACAAAGGGCACGAGACGUUUUAGACUUCAUCCGACAUAACGGUGAUGGUAAUGAUGAUGCCCAAAAGUUACAAGAUAUUUUAACACAACCGCAUUUCAUGUCACUGCUGCAAAGUCAUGAUGUGGUAGCCCAUGAAGUAUAUGGUGAGAAUGCCAUUCGUGUAACACCGCCACCAACCAGUCCUUAUUUAAAUGGCCAAGACGAUGACAACAAUAGGCCAAAUGGUGAUCUGGAAUCAAUGGAUAAUAUCACGAGAGUACGUCUUGUACAGUUUCAAAAAAAUACAGAUGAACCAAUGGGAAUAACUUUAAAAAUGAACGAUGAUGGUCGUUGCAUCGUAGCUCGUAUCAUGCAUGGAGGUAUGAUACACAGACAAGCCACGCUCCAUGUCAACGAUGAAAUACGUGAAAUAAACAGCAUUAGUGUUAGUAAUCAGUCAGUUGAAGCGUUGCAGAAAAUACUACGAGAUGCUAGAGGUAGUAUCACAUUUAAAAUAGUGCCAAGUUAUCGAAGUGCACCACAGCCAUGUGAGAUUUACUGUCGUGCUCAAUUUGACUAUGAUCCAUUUCAAGACGAUAUAAUCCCUUGCCAGCAAGCUGGUCUAGCGUUUAAAUGUGGAGAUAUAUUACAAAUAAUCAGCAAAGAUGACCACAAUUGGUGGCAAGCUAGAAAAGAAGGUGCUCCACUCAAUGGCACAGCUGGAUUGAUACCCUCUCCUGAGUUACAAGAAUGGAGAGUGGCAUGCUUAGCAAUAGAAAGAGCUACAAAAGAUCAACAGACAACAUGUACAUGGUUUGGGCGUAAAAAGAAACAAUACAGGGAUAAAUAUUUAGCCAAGCACAAUGCAGUGUUUGAUCAACUGGAUCUUGUAACAUAUGAAGAAGUUGUGAGAUUACCAGCUUUUAUGAGGAAAACAUUAGUAUUACUAGGUGCACAUGGUGUUGGUCGAAGACAUAUAAAGAAUACUUUAAUAACAACCCAUCCUGAAAGAUUUGCAUAUCCAAUUCCACACACAACUCGUCCCUCAAGAAAAGAUGAAGAAAAUGGAAAAAAUUAUUAUUUUGUAACACAUGAACAAAUGAUGGCAGAUAUUGCAGCUAAUGAGUAUUUGGAAUAUGGUACACAUGAAGAAGCCAUGUAUGGAACAAAAUUAGAAACAAUAAGAAAAAUACAUGAAGAAGGUUUAAUGGCAAUAUUGGACGUAGAACCACAGGCACUUAAAGUGUUACGGACGGCAGAAUUUGCUCCAUUUGUAGUAUUUAUAGCAGCACCAACCAUAGCACACAUGAAUGAUGACGGUAGUUUAGAAAGAUUGGCUAAGGAAUCUGAAUUACUUCGUCAGGCAUAUGGACACUACUUUGAUCUGACUAUCGUUAAUAAUGAUAUUGAAGAGACCAUAAAAACUUUAGAAAAUGCAAUAGAUGAAAUCUGUACCACACCACAGUGGGUUCCUGUCAGCUGGGUUUAUUAGAAACCUAACUAUUCCACACUGUUGUAUAUGUUUUCUUUCUUCAUAUAUAUCACUAUUGGUUAUAUAUAUUGUUUCCUGUUUCCUCUGUUAGGUUUGCAACAUGUCACAUGUUUGAUCACCAUCAACAUUUAAAAAAAAAUCAAAUCCUGUGAGCUAUGUCCAAUUCUGCAAGCUUUGUCCAUUAUUGAAGAACUUUACAGAAAAAUU